AAUCCCUCACUCCUUCUUCAGCACCCAACCCAGGCUCGUUUCUUUCUUUUUUUUUUUUUUUUUUUUUUGGAAGUUUUUCUGGUUUUCCUUUUCCUACAAUCGAAUCCUUCUUCGUCUUUGCCCCGAUUAUAACCUUUGCACUUUACCUUUUUCUUUUUGUUGACAUCAUGCAGCGGGCUUCCACAGUUUCAGUUCUCCUCCCUCUUAUGCUUUUUUCGCUCCUCUUCUUUUCCUGGUUUCCCAACAUGGCCAACGGGGACUGCUGGCUUAUUGAAGGAGACAAAGGCUAUGUUUGGCUAGCCAUAUGCAGUCAGAACCAGCCUCCCUAUGAGACUAUCCCCCAGCAUAUCAACAACACAGUCCAUGACUUGAGGCUGAAUGACAACAAGCUGAAAGCUGUGCUUUACAGUUCCAUGUACCGCUUCACGAACUUGACCGAUCUCAACUUAACCAAGAAUGAAAUCAGCUACGUUGAAGAUGGCGCUUUUGCAUCACAAGCCAAUUUACAGGUUCUUCAACUGGGUUACAACAAGUUGACGAAUAUCACUGAAGGCAUGAUGAGAGGCCUUGGUCACAUGCAGUGCCUCUUCCUACAGCACAACCUCAUUGAAGUUGUUGCAAACAAUGCAUUCUGGGAGUGUCCUAGCCUCAACAGCAUUGACCUGUCGUCCAACAAACUCGCCCACAUCGAUCCGGUUACAUUCACAACUCUCAACCACCUGAUGGUAUGUGAACUGGCUGCAAAUCCAUUUCACUGUGGUUGCGAUCUUCUAGGUUUCCUGCGCUGGCUAGAAUCCUUCAACAAUGUGACACACACUUACGAUCGCCUCCAGUGUGAAACACCAAGGGAAAUAUUUGGCUACCCUUUACUGAGUUCUUUUUCUUCAAGCCACAGUGGCCGUAAUGCCAAAAACAUUUUGAACCAUCGCUGCAAGGAUGGUGUGAUGAUUCCAGGAAUGACGUCUCUGCCACCAGAUAUUGAUGGUCCUUCUGGGAUUGGACCAGACAUGUUUGGUGGUGUUGGGCCAUACUACCAACCCACCCCACCAUCUUCAUCCACAGAUGACAGCUUGAGCCCAAGCAUUAAGCUCCAACAUGUUUCUUCGUCUUCUGCCUCGGUCAUUAUAAAAAUUCCAAGACCGUUCAGCAAAAUGUAUAUUCUUACACAAUACAACUACUCAAUGGCAUCUGACGUCACCAAUUUGAAACUGAUGAUACAAAAAAUAACUCUCGACAAGCUUAGACCCAGCAAUAAUUACACCUUCUGUGUAUGCUCUGUCCGUAACUCUCAGCGUUAUAACCACACCUGUCUCCAGUUUACCACGCGAGGCCAAAAUCGGGACGAUAUGCUCCCCACUCCCUCAACCACUACUCACUACAUCAUGACCAUUGUAGGCUGCCUUUUUGGCAUGCUCAUUGUCAUAGGAAUUGUCUACUACUGUCUUCGUAAAAAACGAAUGCAUGAUGAGAAGAAAAAGUCCAUCUCUGUGAAAAAAACUAUUCUUGAAAUGCGUUAUGGACCAGAGGUGGCAGCAGCAGUUGCAAAUGAUCCAUCGGCAGUCCAAAAGCUUCAGGAGCAGUCCAGGGAGCAUCACCAGUAUCAGCAUCACCAUGGUGGAAAACUGUCCACAUCCUCCAGCUCUGGACUGCUACAUUCUGCAAACACGACCUCCUCAAGACUUUCCUCUAUCCCUCAAGUGGAAAAGAUGGCCUCAGCUUUCUCUGAAGCAAUGGCUACAAGUAAAGGAAACUAUAUGGAUGUGAGAACUGGAGGGGCUGGGAUGGAAAGAGUGGGGGAUGGUGGUCAUAGCGGGAGAAGGGGCGACGAUCUGAGGGAUGAUGACGGAACUGAUCUUGGCGAUGAUUCAGAUGAUGAUGGGCACGGCUCUGCCUCAGAGAUUUCUACUAUUGCCAUGGAGGUGGACAAAGUUAACCAAAUUAUUAACAACUGUAUUGAUGCUCUUAAACUUGAUGCAGCAGCAGUCGCUGCUUCAGGCACCUCAACAGGUCACACAGCUUCUAACAAUCCCAACUCCCCGCCACCCACCAGCACCUCCUCCCUUACCCGUGGCCUAAUCCCAGGAGGGACAGAGACAUGUCAGGUCAUUGCUCCAAACAAAAUACCGCCUCCUCCACCCCUGCCUGCACUAAACACCCCUCUCUCUGAGCGACCAGGGAUCACUGGUGGGGGGUUCGUUGUUUCUCCCCCAUACAGGCACCCUCCCCCGGCCACAGCUACACGUCCCAUUCAGCGGCAAAUGAGUGCAGAUGCAGCUGUUGUUAUGGCAAAUGCUGUCAAAAAACAGAGCAGCACCACAUCUUGUGGCUCCACAGGUCGAGACAGGGAACGUGGUGGAAAUCGAGUGUACAGUCUGGAUGUUCCUGAACCAAGAAGCCCAGAUGCUUGUAACCAACAACAGCCGCAGUACCCAGACCGAGCCAGUCCUGUGGGAUGCGGGGAGCCGCUGGAGAGACUGCCUUUAGUUGGGAGUGGGAGCUGUGGAGGAGGGGGUGGUGGUUGCGACAGUGGUAGUGUUGGUGCCCAACAUCCGGACAGCCAGAAGUCACACCAUUACCAUCAGCAACAGCAGAUACAGCAGCAGCAGCAGCUGGACGUGCAGCAGGACUACCACUGCUCGGAGCACCGCCAUUCUGUCCCAGCUCUUUACUACCAAGGGUCCCACCAUGGCUCCCCAGCCCAGCGAGUUUCUUUUCUAAAACCCCUGACACGAUCCCGCAGAGACGCAGCAUCCUAUUCCCAGCUUUCUCCUGCCCGCCAACACUCCAGUUACUCUGGAUACUCUUCUAGCCCAGAGUACUCAUCAGAGAGCUCGCUGCGAAUCUGGGAGCGCUUCCGUCCAUACCGAAAAGGGCCUCGUGAUGAGGCCUGUUACGUGACAGCUGGAAAUGCUCUUCGGAAGAAGGUGCAGUUUGCUAAAGGUGAGGACCUGCAUGACAUCCUUGAUUAUUGGAAGGGUGUCUCUGCUCAGCAGAAGAUGUAAGUGCGAACGGAAGUUAAGUAGAGUGGGAAAUGGAGUUUUGGUACUUUUUAUCCUGAUAAGCCCAUGGGCCAGAGAAACCAUUUGAAGUUUAUUGAGGGGAAAAAUGUAGGACAAAUAUUUCCCAUGGGCUUGUUUUUUUUAUUUUAUUUUAUUUUUUUGGCAUGCUAGGUGUAUAGGAUAUUGUGCUACAAACAAGUACUGUGAAACUGUGCCUGGGAUUUGGACAUUCAUUACAGUGCUUUUUUGAAGUUUUUUUAACACUUCAUUGUAGCAUUUUUUCCUUUUUUUGAUCUUUGUCUGUUUCUUUUAUUAUACAGGGAACAAAUGCCAACUAUGUAAUUUAGUACUCUUUGAAGUGAUCAUGGUGUGUGAUCCUAUGGACCAUUUUUUUAAUCAGUGCCAUGUUUCAUCUCAAGCUUUGAGCUUAUUUGAUUCUAGAUAUUCCUGUUCUGUGUCGGAGUUUACAUUCAUUUCAGCUUUUAAAUGGUAGGUGACUCGGAAAGUAUGGAAUUAAGGCCCUGUUUUAAGGCAAGCAAAAACAAAAAUUGGUGACAAAUCUGCACAAUGCAGUGUUGUACUCUUUCCUUUCUUUCAAGCAUUUGUUACAAUGAAAAAAUAGUUCAUUUGCAUUCAAAUGGUGAUAUGAAAUAAAAGCUAUCAGGUCAAAAUUAACUAUUAAGCUGUGUGAAUUUGGAGAGAGAUGAGAAAAAGAAGUAGG